AUGAGCGCGACGGACCCAUCGACCACGGUCGACCUGCGGCUGAUGCAGCAGCAGUCGGGAGCGCAAGGCUACGGCUUUGUGCCACAGCGGCUGUCGCCGCCUGGCUGGCCGAACCCAGGCGGCGAGGCGGGGAGGAGGGUUGCGCAGGCUGAGAGUCGGGCGCCGAGGGGCGCCGUGCGGCACGAGAUGCUCGUUCCCACGGGCCGCGCCGGCCGCAUCAUCGGCCCGGGCGGCGCCAUCUACCGCGAGAUGGUGGGCAUGACCGGCAGCGCCAUCGUGCUCUGCGACUACGAGCAGCCGCCGCCCGGCUACUGGUCUCACGACCAGAAGCUGGUUGUGCUGGUCGGACGCGAGGAGCAGGUGGUCCGCGCACGAGACCUCAUCAACGAAAAGGUCCACGGGGCCGCGCCAGGCGGCGGCGGCGGGGCCGGCGCGGUCUUCUCGCACGGCGAAACGGCCUCUCCCGAGGUCCGGGCGCAGGAGGUGCAGGGGAUCGAGGCGCGCGCCGCCAGGGUGCUGCAGAUGCGGCCCGGCUCGACGCGCGAGGACGUGUCGAUCGAGGAGGCUCGGCUGGCCGCCAUCAUCGGCAAGGGAGGCAUGGAGUACAAGCGCCUGGUCGCCACCUCGGGGUGCGAGAUCAUCAUCGACAGCAAGGGCUGGCUGCCGUCGACGCCCGUCGGCCGGCGAGCGCUCGACGCAGCCCUGCCCCCCACGACUGCGCGCCGCGGCGUCCCCGCCUCUGAGCCCUGUCGGCUGCGGCGCAGGCGCGUCAUCGUCAUGAUUGGCUUGCCGGAGCAGCUCGACCUCGCCAAGCGCGCAAUCAGCUCGCUGGUUGAGGCGGCGGCGCGCCUGUCCGCGCACGAGCAGACUCGCGGCGUGGGCGGCGGCGCCAGCAGGUUCGGGCCGGGCGAGGGCAACUGGGAGUGCCCAAAGUGCCUCAACGACAACUGGCCGCUGCGCCAGUUUUGCAACCGUUGCAAGGCGCCGCGGCCGCAGGGCGGCGCGAGCGGCCUCCACCCCCCGCAAGAGUACAGCGGCUGCGGUGGGCCGCAGUAUGGCGGCGCGUCGCACGCUGCUGCCGAGGCGCCCCCGGGGACGAACAUCGCGGCGAUGGUGGCGGCCAUGGCGCCCCAGGCCGUCGGCGCCGCCGGUGGCGGCUACAGCUGCGGCGGGGGCGGCGGCGGCGGCGGCUGCUACGGCGGCGGCUACGGCCUCAGCGGCGUCGGCGGCGUCGGCGUCGGCGUCGGCGGCUAUGGCGGCGGCCUCUCCGGCGAGCGGCUCUCCCGCGACCAUGGCUACCGACGCGUGGGCGACGUCAGCGCGCCGUGCGACGUCGAGACGGUCAACCAGCUCCUGGCGGACCGGCAGGCCGCCAAGCUGAGCCGCGACUUCAACGCGGCGGACCAGCUGCGCGAGCAGCUGCGGGGGUUGGGCAUCAACGUGCACGACAAGGAGAGGACGUGGAGCGUCGGCGGCAGCUUCAUGGUCGGCGACUGGAGCCGCUACAGCGCCGUCUCCAAAGCCGGCGGCAGCGUCGACGGCAGCAGCCCUCGCCCCUCUGGCGGCACCAGCGCCAUCGCCGCGAGCGGGCCGCUGCCGCCGGGCUGGACGUCGCACGACGACCCCUCUGGGCGGGCCUACUACCACAACGCCGCGACCGGCGAGUCAACCUACUCGCAUCCGGGAGAGGCGGCGGCCGCGCCGCGUGCGCCGGCGCCGGCCGCGCCCGCCGCGCCGCUCGCGGGCUUCGACAUUGUGGCCGCGGCGAGGGCAGCCAAGGAGAGGCUCGCGCAGCGGGCGGCGGAGGCCGCCGCCGCGUCCGCCUCGCCUGCGGCUGCGGCGGCACCCGCCGCGCAGGCGACGCUCAAACGCGCCCGCGACGAGCAGUAA